AAUCUGCCCCCACGAUUUCUCUCUCUCUCUAUCGGGGUUUCUUCCUCUCUCUCUCUCUAUCACAAGCGAACAAAAAGACAGACUCAGAAAAUAAAGCUCUGUUGGUUUGGUUGCUGCUGCUGCAUCUCCUCCUCCAAUCUGUUCUUCGUCAAACCCUACGCAUCUCCUUUAGAUCUCCGCCUGAGCUUAGCUCUGUGAUCUCCCAGCUGCCAUGACCUUCACCUUCGAUUGAUUCAUGGAAAUGUCGGCCUCGCUCGCUGCAUUUGAGCGACCUCGGGUCGGAACCUCUAAUACGGUUUUCAAGAGUGGGCCACUAUUCAUCUCUUCAAAAGGACUAGGUUGGAAGUCAUGGAAAAAGCGUUGGUUCAUUCUCACACGCACAUCUUUAGUUUUCCUCAAGAAUGAUCCUAGUACUCUUCCACAACGAGGUGGUGAAGUUAAUCUGACUUUGGGAGGCAUAGACUUAAAUAAUUCUGGAAGUGUGGUUGUUAGAGAAGAUAAAAAACUGUUAACUGUACUUUUUCCUGAUGGACGUGAUGGUCGGGCAUUUACUCUUAAGGCUGAAACAUCAGAGGAUUUGUAUGAGUGGAAGACUGCUCUUGAACAUGCUCUUGCACAAGCACCAAAUGCUGCCCUUGUGAUGGGACAGAAUGGCAUAUUUCGGAAUGACAACGGUGAUUCAAGUGAAGGUUCUUUCCAUCAAUGGAGGGAUAAACGUCCCGUGAAGUCUUUGGUUGUUGGACGGCCAAUCUUGCUUGCCUUAGAAGAUAUAGAUGGUGGUCCAUCCUUUCUUGAAAAGGCACUUAGAUUUCUUGAGAAGCAUGGAAUUAAAGUUGAAGGGAUAUUGCGACAAUCUGCUGAUGUAGAGGAAGUGGAGCAGAGAGUAAAAGCUUAUGAGCAAGGUAAGACUGAAUUUGGUCCAGAUGAGGAUGCCCAUGUAAUUGGUGACUGUGUGAAGCAUGUACUUCGCGAGCUGCCAUCAUCUCCAGUGCCUGCAUCUUGCUGCACUGCCUUGUUGGAGGCAUACAAAAUUGAUAGGAAGGAAGCUCGGGUAAAUGCUAUGCGCUCUGCUAUAGUUGAGACAUUUCCUGAACCAAACCGGCGCUUAUUACAGAGAAUUGUGAAGAUGAUGCACACAAUUUCUUCACAUGCUUCUGAAAAUAGGAUGAGUCCAUCUGCUGUUGCUGCUUGUAUGGCACCACUGCUUUUGCGGCCUCUCUUAGCUGGUGAAUGUGAACUGGAGGAUGAAUUUGAUACUAAUGGUGAUAACUCGGCACAGCUUCUUGCUGCUGCUAAUGCAGCUAAUAAUGCCCAAGCUAUCAUUACAACACUUUUGGAGGAGUAUGAGAAUAUUUUUGAUGAUGAUAAUCUGCAUAGGUGCUCUAUUUCAGCGGAUUCUCGGAUUGGAAACAGUGGCAGUGAAGAUUCAAGUGAUGAUGAAAAUUUGGAGGUGAAAGACAAUGGUUAUCAUGAUGCUGAAAAUGAGGUUGGGCAAGAAUCAGAUGAUGAUCAUGAUCGUGUACUUAGUGGAAAGUUAAGUGAAAACAGCAGUUCUGCUGCCAGUGAUCUAUAUGACUAUAAGGGUUUUGGAGGUGAUGAUUCUGAUUUUGAUUCUCCAAGGAACAAUAAAGUGGUUGGUAUGGAGUUUAAGCCAACUGAAGACUCUCAGCCUGUUGCAGAGUCUAAUGUUUUAUUUAGUGAACAGCUGGACCGGCAUAAAAAGACAUCUGAAAAUGAGAUUGCUACUGCAUCCGAAUUACCAAAUAAUGGAUCACAGCGGUCUAUGGGUGAAAUACUUUCAUCUAUGGAUCAAGGGCUGCCUCACUCUUCUUCUGGGAAGGAUUCGUCUGCGGAGAAAUCUUCCAGUAAAUUAACUUCAUCCAAUCUCAGUGCCAAAAGAUCAGCAUUCUGGGGUAGAAACAAUGCCAGAAAGACUCCAUCAAUGGAGUCUGUUGAUUCUUCUGGAGAGGAAGAGCUUGCUAUACAGAGACUAGAGAUUACAAAAAAUGAUUUGCGUCAUAGAAUUGCAAAAGAGGCAAGAGGGAAUGCAAUUUUGCAGGCUAGCCUUGAAAGAAGGAAACAAGCAUUGCAUGAGAGACGUUUGGCACUGGAACAAGAUGUUGCAAGAUUACAAGAACAGUUACAAGCUGAGAGGGACUUGAGGGCUGCAUUGGAAGUUGGUUUGAGCAUGUCUUCUGGGCAGUUAUCAGGUUCUCGUGGUAUGGAUUCUAAGACUAGGGCAGAGCUUGAGGAGAUAGCACUUGCUGAAGCUGAUGUGGCUAGAUUGAAGCAGAAAGUUGCUGAAUUGCACCAUCAACUUAAUCAGCAGCGCCAACAUCAUUUUGGCUCUCUACCUGAUGCUUGUGAUCGUUAUCAACAUGGCCCAAACAAUAAUCCUCAACUGAAAUAUUUUCAGCAAGAUUUUGACACAACCCUCGCUUUCUGUAAUCAUGAAAGGAAACAGAGAACAGAGCAGGAAGUCUUUGGUUCUGAGCUGAGGAACAUUAAGGGACAAGUUCUGACAUCUGGCAGCACUAGCAGGCAGCCUGGUCGGAAACAUUCUUUGGAGACAACAACCUUGAGUGAUUCUAAGAGUACUGAGGCAUCUGCUGGUUUAUCCAUGGAUGAGGUUGGUGGUGUUGAUUCUGUGUCUGUGCCUUCUACAUCAAGGGUUACAGAGCAGGGUUUGGAUUAUCCCCGACAUCCUUCUGUUGCAUCUUCCACCUUGGUGGAACUGACUACACGCUUGGACUUCUUCAAAGAACGACGUUCUCAGCUGAUGGAGCAGUUACACAGCCUCGACCUAAACUAUGGGUCAGCAUCUCAUGAUUUCAUGUACAAACCGUCAUCUCCUCCUUGGAACUGAGCAGUGACUAAACAUGGAGUUUCAUCAUCCCAUGUGAAGGAUUUGCGUCUUACCAUUUGUAUAUCCUCUGUAUCACCGCAUAUAGAUUUUCACAAUGUAUUUUUAUGCACCAUUGUUUCAAUGUUCUCCUGUGAAAGAGCCCUAUCUACCAUUUCGCCUUCACUCUUCAUGUUUUUGGUUUUUGUCGAGUGCGCAGUAGCGUUUAGGAGUUCUCAGUUACGUUUCUUGAAUUUUGUAUUGUACACUCUAGUGUUGUAAACAUCUUGAUUAUUAUGUAACAUAGUUAUAGGGAGAGGUUGCGCUAUUGCA